AUGGAGGUGAGGGUGUUGCAGGCAGCUGACAAGGCAAAGCCGGAAGAGCGACAACACUUGCCCACGCUCAUUGACCAUAGUGAACCGCACAGUUCAAGCAGUAGUAUGUUCAUUGUCAUGACGCUUUUGGGCAAGUCGCUGGGAGACAUAAAACGAGCGUACAGAAAGAGGAUCUUCAGCCCUAACACUGCCUACUAUUGUGCUAUCAAGUCGGUUGAUGCGAUCAAGGAAAUGCACGAUCUUGGCUUUCUUCACCGCGACAUCAAACCGGCAAAUUUCGUGAUCGGAGCGCCAGGGAGCAAAAACGCAAACACCGUUUACGUUGUCGACUACGGGAUUGCACGGAAGUUUCUUGAUGCGAAGGGGAGUAUGCUGACACCACGAAGAAAGAUAAAGUUCAAAGGCACCGUUCGUUUCGCCCCAGUGACCAUGCACAAGAUGGAGGAGCUUGGACGUAAAGAUGACUGCGAAAGCUGGAUCUAUAUGGUUGUGGACAUGGUCAACGAGAAUCGACUUCCGUGGCACAUGGUUACCGACGUGGACGAAGUUGAGCGAAUGAAGAGGAAGGCAAUUGCUGAGCCACGAACAUUGUUCAAGAGCUCCGAGGAAAGCGAGUUCUGUGAGGUGAUCACAUACUUGAAUGGACUGCACUAUGUGGACAAAAUAGACUACCACUGGAUUCGCGAAAUGGUCAGGCGUGUGGCGAAACGACGGAAUUGCAAUUUGAGGGAACCUUAUGAUUGGCAAAAGAAGAACACUCAUAGCAGAACGGUGUCCAGAUAA